AUGGAGGAUGAUAUUACUGCCAGUAUUUUUGGUAAUAAUGAUUCUUUUUUAGAUUCAUCAAAAGUUACCCCAACACCCUCCACAAAUACAAAUACAAAUAAUAAAAAAAAUAACGACAAUGUAAAAAUAAAUAAUAAUAACAAUAAUAAUGAUAAUAAUAAUUUUAACUUUUUAGAAGAGGAUCACUUUGGUAGUGAUAAUGGUUUUAAUAAUAAUAUGAAUAAUAUGAAUAAUAAAAAUAGUAUAUUCCAAGAUAAUGAUAGUUUUAAUAACAACAACAACAACAACAACAACAACAACAACAACAACAACAACAACAACUAUAAUGAAGGCUAUAAUGAUAAUAAUUAUAAUAAUAACAAUUAUAAUAAUAACAAUUAUAAUAACAACUAUAAUGAUGGCUAUAAUAACAAUAAUUAUAAUAAUGGCUAUGACAAUCAAAACUAUAAUAAUAACAAUAACAAUUUUAAUGAUAACCAUAAUUAUAACAACAACUAUAAUGAUAAUUAUAAUAACAACAAUUACAACAAUUAUGAUAAUAAUAACAACUAUGAUAAUUAUAACAACAAUAACAACAAUAGCAACUACAAUAAUAAUGGUUAUAAAAAUGAUGGCUAUAAUGAUAACUAUAAUAACAAUAAUAAUGAAUUUGGCAAUAGCUAUAAUAGUAAUAAUUAUAAUAACAAUAGCAAUAACUACAAUGAUACUAAUAGCAAUACAAACUACGAUAAUACAAAUAAUGGUUUUGAUAACAAUAUGAAUAAUAAUAUGAAUAAUUACAAUAACAAUAAUAGUAGCCAUGAUAAUACAUUAAACAAUGGAAACUUUGAUGAUAAUAAAAAUAAUAAUAAUAAUAAUGAUAAUAAUAAUAUAUUAAAUAAUUAUAAUGAAAUAAACUAUCAUAAUCAAUAUCAACAAAAAAAUUUAAAAGAGGAACAAGAACACCAAGAAUUUGAAAAUGAAUUAAGAGCUAAAGAAGAAGAAUACUUAAAAAAUCCAAAUAAUUCAACAAUGAUUAAUAUUUCAGGUGUCAUGGUACCAGAAGAUAUAUAUGAAAAGAGAGUUGAAAAAUGGAAGAAUGAUUUCAAGAGUAUUUUUAGAAAUUUAGAAACAUUAGAUAUUGACUUUUCAAAGGCAUCCUUUGGUUUACCAAAAGAUACAACAGUAAGAGGUAUAUUUUGGCGUGUAGCUGUUGGUACUUUACCAAAAGAUCCCAGUACAUGGAUAGAAAGAACAAAUAGUUAUAGAAGGAAAUACGAAACAUUCAAAAAGAACUAUAUUAUUAAUCCAAGAAAUUCAACUGAAAAUAAAUCUAUUCAAAUUAAUGAUGACCCACUUUCACAAAAUGAAGAUAGUUUAUGGAAUCAAUUUUUUGAUAAUGAAAAUGCACAAAAAGAAAUUUCACAUGAUAUUUCCAGAACUUAUCCAGGCAUUUCAUUUUUUGAAAAACCAGAAAUUCAAGAAAUAAUGAUUAGAAUUUUAUUUAUUUUUUCAAAACAAUAUCCAAAAAUCAAAUAUCUUCAAGGUAUGAAUGAAAUUUUAGCACCAAUCCUAUAUUCAGUUUAUAAUGAUUCACAUUGGUUCAAUAAUAAAGAUGUAUUUUCAAAGAGAAACUAUGAUAAAAAGAAUAAAAGCCAUGCUGGUCAAUUUUCAUAUGUAUUUGAUAACUCUGCCGAAAGAGAAUACUAUCCAUCAAACCCAAUUCCAUAUCCUUCAGAAAAAAGAGAUGGCCUAAGUUCUUUUCUUCGUGACCCACAAUACUUUGAACAUGACUCUUACUUUAUUUUCGAGUCAUUAAUGGCAACAAUUAGUAAAUGGUUUACCUCCCCACCAUCAUCACCACAACCACCACCAAGAGUUCAAGGUAAAUACAAGGAACUUUAUGACCUUUCCGAACGUGAUGCCUCUGAUCAAGCAGUAAAUAUUAUUGUUGUAGAACAAUGUCUUAGAAUGUUUGAGGAUCUUAAAUUUAUCGAACCACAACUUUAUACCUAUCUCAAGCAAGAUCUUGGUAUCGAACCACAUUUAUACUCUUUGCGUUGGAUUAGAAUUAUGUUGGCUCAAGUGUUCCCAUUAGACUCUUUAUUAAUUCUUUGGGAUUCAAUCUUUAAAGAAUCAAUCACAGAAUUCCUUCCAUAUAUUUGUAUUACCAUGUUGGUAAUGAUCAAAGAUCAAAUUUUCCAAAGAGAUUAUUCUGAAUGUCUUCAAGUAUUAUUCCACUAUCCUGUUACCCAAGAUAUGCCAUUACUUUUAAAUACAACCUAUAAUAUUAGAGAUAAAAUCGCUAUGGCAAGACAACAAUAUAAUAUACCAAGCUCAACUCCAAUAUCAACACCUUUACAAACUACACUCUCUAGACGUUCUCAAACUAUUAAAAAUACAACACCUAGCUACCCAUCAACAUUCACCCAAUCUACACCACCACCAUCUACCCAUUCCUCAACUACAUAUAAAAAUUUGGCAUCAUCAGCAAAUAGCUCUAGAUAUUCAAGUGGUAAUAAUAGUUUAAAGAAUAGCCAACAUAGUUCAAGUGGAUCAAUUUUCUCAUCCUUUACAUCAACUGUUAAACAAUUCAUCAAUGAUGUCAAUGAAUAUAACCAAGAAUCUGAAUUAUUCAAGGAAAAUCAACAAUUAAAAAACUCUAAACAAUUAUUACAAAAAGAAAAUGAUACAUUAAAAGAAACUCAAACCCAUGUAGUUAGUAGACUCGAAAGAAUGUUAUUCUCAUUCAAUGAUUUUAAACAAAAACAUAUUCACGACGACCAAGAUAGUUUUGAAUCAAUCGAUGCAAUGGAAAAAGAAAUUAAUUCAAUUUUAAUUGAAGUUUUAAAUACAAACAAUAAUUUUUCUGAUAGUCAAAAUAAUAUUAAAAAAAAAUCAACAUCACCAACUAGUAACAAUAGAAAUAAUAAUAGCACACCAUUAACUACAUCUCCAUCAACUGUUACCACCAAUACCACUAAUUCCGUAUCAACUGCAUCCCCUACCAACACUAUCAAAAAUAUACAACCACCAACUCAAGAACAAUCAUUAUCAUCAUCAAAACCAAUAAUACAAGAACAAACCAAUAGUAAUAAAAAUAAUUUAAAUUAUUACAAUAAUAAUUUUAAUGAAAAUAAUAAUAAUGAAUACAACAGUCCAUUCCAACAAUAUUCAAAUGAAAAUAGACCAAAUCUUGGUGACAUUAGAAAUGAUGAUGACCACUUUGUUCAAGUUCAAUCAGAUAAAAAAGAAUUUCAGUUAGUAACUCUAUCUCUACCAAAUAUUCCAGUUACUGAAGAUGAUCUUGUCGAAAUUAGAACCAGUGACACUACCAUCGAUGAUGACAACAAUGAAAUUAUUGAACAAAUUAAUUUUAAAAACCAAUUAGAAGCUAGAUGGGGUUUUAAAUAG